UUUUUUUUUUUUUAUGACAAGCAGUUUACAGUUCCUGAAGCGUUUCUCUAGUUGUGAAAUUGCUGAUGCUCUCAUUAAACUUGGAAAAGGACCAUGGGCUGGAUAUAUACCAGAUAUUGAUCUUUGGUCACCCAAAUAUUGUGAGGGAGACACGCGCAUUAUAGGCCCUGCAUUUACUGUUAAGAUGGUCGAAAAAUCAGAUACAACUUCACCUAAACCUACUGAGCAUUUCGCAGACGCGGCUCAUGAAGGAUCCGUGGUCGUCAUAUCAGCUCCUCCAAAUGUCAAAAAUGCAGUGUGGGGAGGCCUCAUGUCAGCCAGGGCUAAGGCAAAAGGAGUUCAAGGCGUAGUGAUUGAUGGUCGCGUCCGUGACUUAAAUGAACAUCGCCAAAUGGGUUUUCCUGUAUUUGCAAGGUCGCACUCAAUUUUGCCACAAAACGCCUUUGUACGACCAUCAGAAAUCCAGGUUCCUAUCACACUUUCAAGAGAAUCGCCAGUGAAAGUACAACCAGGUGACAUCAUAGUUGCUGACUUGGAUGGUGUCGUCUGUAUCCCUCAAGAUUUAGUGGAUAAAGUAAUUGAGAACUGUGAAAAGUAUGUAGCGAUUGAUGAUCAAUGCAUGAAAGCACUUAAAAAUGGACAUGGAGUUCAAGAAACGUUUAGAAAGUAUCGCGGCACUUGACGCUCAGGCCCAUCUAAAUUACAUAUUUGACAACUUUCUCUUUAUGUCUUUGGAUUGAUUAAAUAA